AUGUCGGUGCUGCCUCUGCUUUUUCUCGGUCUUCUUGUUUUCCAGCUAGACCGCAUGAACAUUGCGAGCGCAUUGACUGGUGGCUUCGCCGCUGAUAUCAACGUUUCACAGUCCACAAUCAAUUUGGGAAAUCAGCUCAUGUUUAUGGGUAUCGUGGUGUUUGAGAUACCAUGUAAUAUGGCCUUACAACGAAUUGGUCCUCGCAAGUGGAUUUCGGCCCAGGUCUUUCUCUUCGGCUUACUUGCUACCAUGCAAGUAUUUGUCCACAAUCGAGGAUCUUUCUUGGCUAUACGGCUGCUUCUAGGGUUCGCUGAGGCAGGGUAUAUUCCCGGUGCAGUCUAUACUUUGUCGUCGUGGUAUACGAAAAGAGAAUUGGCUAAGAGAGUUGCCAUUUUCUUCUUUGGGAUGUUUGGCGGCAACGCUCUAAGUCCUAUCCUAGCCUCUGGCAUUCUGCUUCUUGAUGGUCGACACGGCAUUCGAGGAUGGCGAUGGCUCUUCCUAAUUGAGGGACUAUUCACUAUAUCUGUCUCAUUCCUCCUAUUACUAUUUCUACCUGGAUCACCCGAUCUCACCCGGCCAUUAUUGAGCCCGGGGAUUAUCAAAUUCACAGAUUCCGAGAAGGAGAUUCUUCAAAAACGACUCGAAUACGACAAUGGCGGAAGUACUGAGGGCGCGUAUGGCGAGCACAUUCCGUUGAAAGUUGUCUUCCGUACUGUGUGCUGCUACCGUCGCUGGCCGCACUUUAUUUCUACAUUCGUCGUGUUUUCGACAUGGAGUCCUCUAACCACCUACACGCCGUCUAUCAUCAUGUCACUCGGCUUUGACAGAACAGCAGCAAACGCGCUAGCUGCAGUCGGCGCAUCCCUAUCACUUGGAGUUGUAUUCUUCUUCGCCUACAUGAGUGAUCGGACCAACCUCAGAGGUGCGACUGUGAUUGCUGCUCAAGCCUGCUACCUCAUUGUGUUGAUAGUAAAUUUCAAGGUCCAGCCCCAUGUCGGUAAAUGGUCGCGUUGGGGACUUUGGACUGCUGUGAACAGUUUCGCUGUGGGAUAUCAUCCCAUACAUAACUUUUGGGUCCAGAUCAACUGUCGAGAUCCGAGGGAGCGGAGUAUCAGCAUCGCGUGA